AUGAGAAGUUUCGUGGUUCUGUUAUCGAUUUUAUUUUUUGGCGUUUUGAAAGCUCGUGAGUUUUUUUCGGGGGAAUUUUUGAUCUGAAUUUAAAUUUGGGAAGAAAUUUGUGAUAGAAUGAGCCUAAAUAUGCCACGUGGAUUUUUGAAACUGAAAAAAAAAUCUGGUUGUGAAAUUAGCUUUCAACUAAAUUUAAAUAUGACAAAUUUUUCCUGACAUUCCGGAAAAAAUCAAAGCCACGUGGCAGAAUUUUGGAAGCUUCAAACUUAUUUUCAAAUUUUUUUUAACUAUGAAUUUUUUUUUCGAAAUUUCAACCUUCGCUUUAUUUUCAACAUGAAUUUUUCCCUUCGAAAAAUGACUAAUAUUUUUCACAUCAAACUACAAUUUCAUCAUCUUUUUUUCAAGAUCAAAAGUUUUUUUUUCAAAAUUUGAAUAAAAAUUCCGAAUGAAUAGCUUCAAAUUAUUCAAAUUAACCUAUUCAUACAUGAAUACAUGAAUAACCCGCUAAUUUUUAAUAGAAAUCAAAACUUUUUCAUUUAUUUUUAGAACUAGUUGCGCCAAUUGGAACUGAUGGGGAAGAAGCAACCACCAAAAAAUCCGCCACAAAAACAACCAAGAAAUCCAAGGCUACUACGAUUUUGAGAACAACUUUAUUGCCAAAAACAUUAUCACCAAUAUAUCCACCUUCAGAUGCUACAAUUUCAGCGAUUUAUCCGGAUUCAGAAGCUACUUCACCAAUUUAUCCUAACUCAAUUUCUACAAUCUCUCCAAUUUAUCCGGCUUCAGAUGCUACAAUAUCACCUAUUUACCCCGCAUCUGAUCCCACAACCCAAUCUACUACUGUAAUUCUUUCCGACGUCACAAAUACCUCUCUUAACACUACUGGAGUGGAAACUACAACUUCCUCAAGUCCCCUUCAAUAUUUCAACAAACCAUUGAUUUUCAUAUGUUUUAUGUCUUUUUACCUAUCUAGCUAGGUUUCAAUAAAUAAAUAAAUAAUAAUUGGCUCCGCCCAUAAUCCCUUCUGCCUUUUUUUUCAGAAAAAAAGAAGAGCUUAGCUAUAUAGCUUAUCAGUUUUUAGUUCAUUCUCCUCUCUGACAAUGUUUCUAUUGAUUUUGGUGGUCGGCGUGGGCUGCGUGGCAGCCGCGCCGCUUGGAAAUUCGAUGAAUCCGGAGGUUCAUGCGACUGGUGAGUGGAUAAGAUGGCAGUUAGGCUAACUUACUAGACUCUAGUGUGAUUGAGCGGUUUCGCGGAACCAACGCCGCUCGAGAGAGAGAGAGAGAGAGAAUAGUAAGAGAAGAGACGCAGAGAUGUCAGACGACUAGAGAGUGUAGAGACGUAGAGCAGCUAUAUGUCUAGACGAGAUUAGAGAGUGGAGGGAAAUGAGAGACGCAGAGAAGGUAGAUCAGUAGAGUGUGGGAGAUUGAGACACAGAGACAAACUAGAAAACAUAGAUAAAUGAGAGAAGCAGAGAAACCGGAUGGCUAGAGAGUAUAGACAACGUUAGAGACGUAGAGAAAAUAGAUCAAUAGAUAGUGUAGGAAGUUACGAGACAGAGAGAAGCUUACAGUACAUACGAGUCUAGAUAUCACGUGAAAAUCAGAUGUGCAGAGAAACCGGAUGGCGAGAGAGUAUAGGCAACGUUAGAGACGCAGACAAAAUAUAACAAGGGAAUUAAGAGACAGGGAGAAACUAGACAACAUAUAUGAAUGAGAGAAGCAGAGAAACCUGAGCAUGUCAACGCGUGGGAUGCAGAGAAGCUAGACAACAUAGAGAGAGAAGCAAAGAAACCGGAUGGCUAGAGAGUAUAGGCAACGUUAGAGACGCAGAGAAGCUAGACAACUAGAGCGCCAGCUCUCAAAACCUCAAUACACCUGAUUUCUAGCUCUCGUCCCAAUGAUCAAUGGUACAAACGUCCCCCUCGACGAAAAAUCAAUCGAAGCACCGAUCGAAGAUUCGGCCGAAGUCGAAAAAAUCCGUCAAUCUGUUCAUGAAAUCGCUGAAAACAAGGAUCAUCCCGAAAAUCUUCCAGUGAUUGGUGGAUUCGCCAAAGAGCACUUGAAUUCGACUUUGCCACCAGAAUUGGGAAAUGCGACUGGAACUACACAAAGUCUGGUGACAGGGGCCACUGCAACUUCCUCGAGCUCGGCGCCAAUCACUUUGAGCACCACUGGAACUCCACCAAUCGCUCUCAGCUUGCCACCAGUCACCUAUGCACCAACAGGAACUCCAACUACAGUUUCGGGGACUACACCAAGUUCAAUCUCUACAACUACUUCAGAGCCAAUUGUAUCUUCCACCAAACAAAUUUGA